UUGCGGAUUAAUAACAUCGCAACGUUGUUGUUGCGCUGAGGGUCAAUAUUUAGAUACAACGUUAUCUGCACAUUAGAAUCACAGACCGAUCGGUUAUCGACCCGUGCAAUUGUUGGACAACGAUAUCAGUGCUAACAUGUCUUUAAGGUCAGCUUUCAAAGCUAAGUUUCAAUCCGAAAAAAGCAAAAGUGAGGAUACAGUGGUUGUUGAUAAAGAUGAAAGUAAAGAUACUUUAUCAACAGAAGAGCAGGCAAGUGCAUCAAGCAAUGACAGCGUUUUGGAUACAAGCACCAUAAGUCAGGAGCUGUACCUGAGUAAGCUUGCAGAGUUGACUGAUUCCUUAAAUGAUGAUGGCACUCACAAAGAUUGGACCACAUCGGAAAGAGAAAUCUACGAAUCUCAGUUAUCUAAUUUACAAGAACAGUUAGUAGCAUCUAUGAUUGAGAACCAAUCAUUAUCGGAGGAUCUCAAAAAAUACAAAGAUACCACAGAAAUGGAUAGACUACAACAAGAAUUGGAGUAUGAAAGAGAAAAAAAUAAAUUGCUCAUUGAAAAGUUUGAUCAACUUGAGCGAAAACCAUCUUCUAGUGGCAGAGUUGGUUUAAAUGAGUUAGCUGAGGGUAGAAGACCAGAAGAUGAUGUUGAUUCUGGUAUUGAAAUAGCAGCAGAUGCAUUACAUUUACCAGCACCAGCUGAAGUUGAAAAAGUAUUGACACACAAGGCAAAGCAGUAUAAAAUAUUAGCUUGGUUGGUGGCGAUGUAUUACGAUUUCGCCUCUGAUUUUACAGAGGAUGACGAGGAAGAAGAAAUGCCACAAGACAAGGAAGGAGAUCCUUUGACGGUCAAAAAAGGCUGGCAUGUGACUCUAAAUAUCUUACCAUACAGCUAUGUAGAAGAGGACAAUGAUAGUGAUAAGGCACUUGGCAUGUCAGAUAAAUUCCAAUUGGUUUUGCAAGUUGCAAGAAAAGUGCAAAAUAUACUUGGACAAAUUGCAGAUGGUUUGGAGAAAGUUAGAAAGUAA